AUGCUUCUGGCCUGCACUGGCCACAUCCCGCCCCUCCCAAUGGAUGCCAGGCUCCUGAUUCUGCCGCCGGGACCUGGCCCGGAAGAGAAUCUAGUUGAUGUGCCCUAUUCUAGAAUUCUGUCCCUGAAUAAGCCUGAAUUUUGCUCCAUUAUUAUUGGUGUCAUUGCUGCUGCCAUUGGAGGGGGUGUCGUUCCUGCAUUUGCAGUCAUGUUUGGUAAAAUCAUUGGGGCUUUCCAAGAACAGGAUCCUGUAAAAAGAAGCCACAAUACAACACUGUAUUCUCUGAUAUUUCUUCUGCUGGGAGGGAUUAGCUUAGUCACAUAUAUAAUUCAGGGAUUCAUGUUUGCAGUAUCUGGGGAAGCACUGACUAAGCGGUUGCGUUCACUUUCAUUCAAAGCAUUGCUUCAGCAGGAGAUUGGAUGGUUUGAUGACCAUAAAAAUGGCAUUGGGGUUCUGCUAACCAGACUUGCAACAGAUGCUUCUCAAGUCAAAGGAGCUACUGGAAGUCGACUGAGCUUAAUAACCAUGAAUUCAUUCACACUUAUCACUGCAAUUAUUAUCGCUUUUGUGCAUGGUUGGCAGUUAACAUUGCUCAUCCUGGGUUGUAUUCCCAUAAUUGCUGCUGCAUAUGCCAUUAGACUUAAGUCUGCUUCUGGUCACGCAGCAAAGGAUCAAAAGGCCCUUGAAGAAGCUGGAAGAAUUUCCACAGAAGCUGUAGAAAAUAUAAGGACCGUGGUUUCUUUGACAAGAGAAGACAGGUUUUUUGAAAGAUAUAAGGCAAGCUUAGAGGGUCCAUACAGGGAUUCUCUGAAAUCAGCUCCCCUUUCCGGAAUUUCAUAUGGAAUAUCCUCUAGCACCAACUAUUUUAUAAAUGCUGCUAUCUUCCGAUUUGGAGCUUGGCUUAUCACCCAUUGCUACAUGAACUUUGAACAGCUUUUUAUAGUCUUCGCUUCAGUGAUUUUUGCUUCCCUUAAUGCUGGCCAGACUAGUACUUUGGCACCUGAUUUUAGCAAAUCAAAAAUUUCUGCCCGAAGAAUUUUUCAGCUUUUGGAUCAGAAGCCAGCUAUUGACAGCUAUAGUGAAGAGGGUGAAAAAUUGGUUAAAUUCGAAGGCAAUGUUGAGUUUAAGGGCAUACACUUUGCAUACCCAACCAGGCGAGAAGUUCAGGUUUUGCAAGGACUCAACAUAAAGGUUAACAAAGGACAGACUCUGGCCCUGGUGGGAAGCAGUGGCUGUGGCAAAAGCACCUCCAUUCAGCUUCUGGAGAGGUUCUAUGACCCAGCAUCAGGACAAGUGUUUGUAGAUGGAGUGGAUACCAAAUCUCUGCAUAUUCAAUGGCUAAGGUCCCAGCUGGGGCUUGUGCAGCAGGAACCUAUUCUGUUUGACUGCAGCAUUGCGGAGAAUAUCCAGUAUGGUGACAACAGCAGAGUGGUCAGCCAGGAAGAAGUUGAAGAAGCAGCUAAAGCAGCUAACAUUCAUAACUUCAUACAAAGCCUGCCAGAGAAAUACAAUACUCGCGUAGGUGACAAAGGAGCCCAGCUUUCAGGAGGACAGAAACAAAGAAUAGCAAUUGCCCGCGCCCUUGUUCGUAAACCAGCAGUUCUUCUUUUGGAUGAAGCCACAUCAGCUCUCGAUACAGAAAGUGAAAAGGUUGUCCAGAAGGCCUUGGAUGAAGCUAGGAAAGGUCGAACCUGCAUUGUUAUUGCUCACAGAUUAUCAACUAUCCAGAAUUCCGACAUCAUAGCAGUCAUCCAGAAUGGCAAAGUAAUAGAACAGGGAACUCACAGCCAGCUUCUGGCACUAGAGGGAUUCUAUUAUACACUCGUCAAUUCACAAGUAUCCCAUUAGCCUAAAUUUUUAGGGUCCCUUUGUUUAUACAGCCAGAAAUAGAACAUACAGUAGAGUCUCGGUUAUCCAAUCUUCGCUCAUCCGACACUCUGAACUAUCCGACACCCCUACCCCCCCCCAAAAAAAAUACAGCAGGUCCACCAGGCGCAUGCUUCUGGCCUGCACUGGCCACAUCCCGCCCCUCCCAAUGGAUGCCAGGCUCCUGAUUCUGCCGCCGGGACCUGGCCCGGUGAGUGAGUGAGCAUGGGAGGGAGAGAGCGGGGUAGGGCGCCAGGGCCUGGAGGAGGCAGAAAGGGGAGGCCCCAGAACAAAGGGGGACCUCCGGACCCUGCUCUCUCCCUCCCAAGCAGCAUCUAUAUUACAGUAUAGGCUUUUCCUUAAUCCCUUCCUAUUAUAUUUUUGCUUAUCCAACAUUCUGCUGGCCCAUUUAUGUUGCAUAAGUGAGACUACUGUAUGAAAAAAAAAAUGAUGCACUGAUUCAAGAUACAAGAAAGCAUAUGCCUAUUCUGACUGGCCAAAGGUGUUCGGGCCUUGUUUUUGUUCCCCGUGCCAUGUGGCAAAUGACUUUUGAAACUGAAGAUAUGAUGACAUGGCAAGAAGAAGGGGGAAAUCUCCUAUCAAAAACUUCACUAGAUAUACGCAGACCUCUCAGUCAUUACUGAGACUGGCUUUGCCAUGUCUUCGUAACUAUCAAGUGAUGUUCAGGCUCACACAGAUGUGAAAUGCAGCUCAGUUAGGAAUGAGAAACAUAUUUAUCAUCUGCUUUCAUACUGGGUUUUUUUGUAUAAUGAUUUUAAUUUUGUCGGAGUAAUAAAAAUAUUUGAA